AUGAGAGAUCAAAUGAGGUCAUUCCAAAACGUAAUGUCAAAUGGAUCAAUCAACAUACAAAAACAAAGUGACAACGAUAAGAUUGAAAAAGGUGGAAUGAACAAACUUACAGGGAGCAAAAAUAAUGGAACAAAAAGUGAUUUUGUAAUGGAACUAGACUCAAAGUCUUAUGACCAAUUUGAGCAAUUCGAGACGUUCAACGUCUCUGAAGACCCAAAUUUCCUCAUCACAAUGAAACCAAUCAAAGAAGAGAGUGGAAAAAUUGCUAUAUUGUCCAUGUACAAAUAUGCCAAUUGGUUUGACUACACACUACUACUUGUUGGUAUUGUUGGCGCUAUUGGUGUUGGUAUACUUCAGCCACUGAUCAUGCUCCUCUUUGGAGAGUUAGUUGACACCUUUGACACACAAAACCUGAAAGGAGGAUUCUUUGAUGAACUUAUUUGGAAAAUAAACAUAGGAGUUUUGAAUUCCUUGGUCGAUGCAACUUUUGUUCUUAUAAAGAAAAUGUGCUACUUUGCUAUUGCGAACAUGGUUGCUGGGAUGCUCCAAAAUGGGUGCCUGUUCUUACUUGGCCAACGCCAGGGAAUGUUGCUUAAGAGGAGGUAUUUUCGUUCUCUCAUGAAACAAGAUUGUGGAUGGCACGACAUUCACAUGGGCGGAGAACUAUCGUCACAUGUUAUGGGAGAAAUCCAGACAGUACAAGACGGUCUAUCUGUACAUGUUGGCGGGUUGUUUCAAAUUGUUGCUGCUUUUGUGACGGGAUUUUCUCUUGGAUUCACAAAAUCUUGGGACUUGACACUGAUAAUUUUGAUGGUGACUCCAAUUAUGAUCCUUUGCACAUUGAUUAUUGGAUUCAGUAGCGUCUUUUUCACGAACCAGAACGCCGUGUUUUCAGCAGAGGCAAACUCACUUGCUGAACAGACAGUCGGCGCAGCACGAACAGUCCAGGCUCUCAACCAACAAAAUGUCUUCAUUGCCGAGUUUACAAAACAAACCAAAAGAGCCGAACAAAAGGCCGCUUUAAAAAGUCAUGCUAUUGGUCUCAGCUUUGGGACAAUUAUGCUUUUUAUGAUGCUGUCGCUUGCGUUGUCGGGAUGGUAUGGUAGUUUACUAAUGAUGGGUAAGGGGAAAACACCCAAUUUCACAGCAGGGAGUUUUCUUGUAGUCUUCAUGUCGUCUUUAAUUGCAACUCAAAGACUUGCAACAAUUGCACUACCACUUAACAUUAUAUCAUCCGCUCGGUCUGCUGCGUUUAAGGUUUACACAACAAUAGAGAGAUACCCCGACAUCGACGAGAACUAUGGAAAAGUCAUGAAAACAAUCAAAGGAAAAAUUGAUUUUGAAGACGUUCGAUUCUCAUACCCGAUCAGACCACUCACAAUGAUUCUGGAUGGACUUUCAUUUACUGCAAAAGAAGGAGAGACAACUGCUUUUGUUGGGGAAAGUGGAUGUGGCAAAUCAACUGUCGUUCAACUUAUACAACGAAUGUACGAACCAACUGCUGGGCGCAUUCUACUUGAUGGAGAGCUGUUCACCAAUUUAAAGACGAGUUGGCUUAGAGACCAAAUUGGAAUUGUUGGACAAGAACCAACACUGUUUUCGGGCACCAUUUUUGAAAACAUCUCCUACGGCAGCAAAAGCGGAACCUUUGUAAAUAAAGAAGAAGUUGUCAAGUGUUGCAAAAAAUAUGGACUCGACAACUUUAUAUCGGCACUUCCGGACGGGUAUGACACUGUUGUUGGCGAGCGUGGCGCGCAGUUAUCAGGAGGUCAAAAACAGCGAAUUGCGAUUGCGCGUGCGCUUGUGAGAAAUCCAAAGAUAUUGUUGUUGGAUGAAGCAACAUCUGCACUCGACACUGAGUCUGAACGCGUUGUGCAAGAAGCACUUGACAGAGCGUCUGAAGGAAGAACAACAAUCAUCAUCGCACACCGUCUCUCAACAAUCAAAAACGCUGAUGUGAUCAAUGUUGUCGUCAGAGGAAAGAUCGUCGAAAAAGGUUCACACGAUGAACUCAUGACAAAAAAGGGUAUUUACUACCGAAUGAACGAAGACCAAGAAAUCCAAAGCGAAGAAAACUCCGAAAAUGAAAACGAAAAAGAAAAGGACGACGCUGCGAUUUUGGUAAAGAAGGAGGCGUCCACGAUGUUUGAUGAUAAAGAAAGUGUUGAAAGGCUUUUGACACAAAUCAAAAAAGAGCGUCGACGAAUGAAAUACUCGAAUGUCUUAGCUGCAUUAAGAGUGAUUGUCGACAAUUUCAAACACGAGUGGUUGAUGUGUGUGAUCGGAAUUAUCGGGAGCAUAGGUGCUGGUGCUAUUUUCCCGUUCUACACUUUGAAGUUCAUCGACGCUUAUAUGUGUCUGAUGUCGAUAACUGGGACUGAGAUGACCGAAACACAAAAGGCCAUUAUCAAGAACACGUGUUGCUACUUCGUUAUUCUGGGGGUCUCUGCUUUUGUUGCAUACUACCUGUACAAUGGUCUUUUCUUGGCAGCUGGAGAAAAAAUGGCGGGAAGGGUGCGAAGAAGACUCUACCGUAAGAUUAUGUACCAAGACGCUGGGUGGUUUGACCGCAGUGAAAAUUCUGUUGGGUCUUUGGUGAGCAGGAUAAUAUCAGAUACAAAUACAAUGAAGGGGAUCGGCGGUGAGCGGAUUGGGUCAAUUGCUUACAUGCUCUCAUCUGUUGGGUUUGCUCUUGGAAUUGCGUUCUAUUUCGACUGGCGUGUUUCUGCGUGUGUUUUGGCAGCAACACCAAUCUUCAUCAUUUCGAUUGUUGUGAACAAUGUGAUAAACAUUAUCCAAGCGAUACCUUAUGUUAAGCUCCAAGACAAAACCAAUACCCUUUUCGUUGAGUCUGUUGAAGCCAUUAAAACAUUGAAGAGUCUGAACAAAACGGCUUAUUUCUCUUACAAAUAUGUCGAGCUUGUGAACAAACAGAAAAAGCAGAUGUAUGUAUGGUUCCCGAUAAUCACAGCCCUUGCUGGCCUCUGUCAUUUCAUCGACUUCGGGAUCAAUGCGUAUGGAUGGUUUAUUGGAAUCACAUUCAUGGAAAAAAACAUCUCCACACAAAUGGGACUAACAGAGUUUUUGAUAGAUGUGACACAACGUUUUGUGGCUUUCCAGAAGGGAAUGAUGUGUGUGAUUUUUGCGGCGCAAGCCGUUGCGACAUUUGGAAGUCUCAUACCAGAAAUGUCGCGAGCAAACGCUGCAGGUAAAAGGGUGUACAACACAAUUGACAGAAAGCCAAAAAUAAGUUGCACUGCGGACGGGAUCGAACCCGAAACUAUGACGGGUAAGAUUGUAUUAGAAAAUGUAUGCUUUAGAUACCCAACAAGACCAAACAUAAGUGUAUUGAGAGGAAUAUCAACGGUGAUCGAACCCGGGCAAACGGUCGCAUUUGUUGGGGAAAGUGGGUGUGGUAAAUCUACCAUCGUGCAGCUCAUACAAAGAUUUUAUGACCCAACAUAUGGAAUUGUAAAAAUCGACGACAAUGAUGUCGCAGAGUAUCAACUCGGAAAGUUGAGAGAGAAAAUCGGUGUUGUUGGACAAGAACCAACAUUGUUUGCUGAGAGUAUUUUCAACAAUAUCAAAAAAGGAAUUCCGUUUGGAGAAACUGUGAAUGAUGAACAAAUAUUCGCGGCGGCGAAAAUGGCAAAUGCGCAUGACUUUAUAUCGGCGCUUCCGGACGGGUAUGACACUGUUGUUGGCGAGCGUGGCGCGCAGUUAUCAGGAGGUCAAAAACAGCGAAUUGCGAUUGCGCGUGCGCUUGUGAGAAAUCCAAAGAUAUUGUUGUUGGAUGAAGCAACAUCUGCACUCGACACUGAGUCUGAACGCGUUGUGCAAGAAGCACUUGACAGAGCGUCUGAAGGAAGAACAACAAUCAUCAUCGCACACCGUCUCUCAACAAUCAAAAACGCUGAUGUGAUCAAUGUUGUCGUCAGAGGAAAGAUCGUCGAAAAAGGUUCACACGAUGAACUCAUGACAAAAAAGGGUAUUUACUAUUCAAUGGUUGUGAAUAACCCAUGA